AUGGGAAACUUUGUGUGGCUUGUUCUCUGGGCUCUGUUCAUCUGUAAAGCUGAUGCCUCAUCCAGGUUUGCUCAUGGUUCCUCAUUGCACAGUUAUGAUUUGAAUGGAGUUGCUCGCUCAAUUAUCCCCAGAGCAUUGAGUGAAACAUCAACAUUUGAUAGCAGCACUGUGUCUUGUAGCACAUGGGGAAAAGGAGCAUUCAGGACAUUUAAAAAUGAAUUUUACCAUUUUAUCUCAACCUGCAACUAUGUUCUAAGCCACAAUUGCAAAGGUGGCACAGAAGAUUUUAACAUACAAAUCCACCGAGAUUCAAAUGGCGAUCUGGAACGCAUGUACAUCCAAAUAGAAGAUAUCAUAAUUCUUGUGGUGAAUGGAACAAUUACCGUUCAAAAUGAGAUAGUUACAUUGCCUUAUGAUGACAAGGUGAUCAGUAUACAGAAUUAUGGAAUACAUAUACGGAUUUCAAACAGGAAGCAUACGAUAGCUCUGAUAUGGAACCAACAAGAUUCAUUAUCGGUAGCUGUUGAUGCUGAAUACCAAGGGCAAUUAUGUGGUCUUUGUGGGAAUUUUGAAGAUACCAACAAUAUUUAUGCACUACCCGUUUGUCCUGAAAACCAGAUUUAUAAGGAUUGUGGACCUGCUUGUAUUUCAACCUGUUCUGAUCCCAAACCUCAACAACAGUGUGCUCGAUGCAUAAGUACUUGCGAUUGUCCAGAAGAUGAAGUAAUAAUAUUUCAACAGUCCUCAAUGUACCUACAAGUAGCAACAACAUUUGGAUUGAAAAUGCAAGUGCAAAUCACUCCUGUCUUACAGCUUUACAUAUCAUUGUCUGAAGAGGCAAAGGGAAGCACAAAAGGUUUAUGUGGCACCUUCAAUGACAAUGCAGGUGAUGACUUUCUGACUGCACAGGGGAUUGUGGAAGAUACAGCUAUUACUUUUGUGAAUUCCUGGCAGACUCAAGACAAUUGUCCUGAUGCAACACUACCCCAGCCUUGCAUUAGUUCAGAAAAUGAAAAAUACGCAAAGGAGUUGUGCUCCAACUUGAAAGAUCCUUCAGGUGUCUUCUCAACAUGUCAUUCUGCAGUGGACUACAUCAGAUACUAUGAUAUGUGUGUAGCUGCAACCUGUGGCUGUGAGGACAUCAAUGACUGUCUGUGUGCAGGAUUGGGAGCAUACGCUCAUGAGUGUGCUGCUAACGGGAUCAUUGUGAAAGAUUGGGGAAGAGACAUUUGUGAUAAACCAUGCACCAACAAUCAUGUUUUUGAGUACAACAUAAGAUCGUGUAACCGCUCCUGUAGAUCCUUAUCAGAAUACGAUUUUACUUGUAACAUUCAAGAUGUUCCUGUCUAUGGAUGUGGCUGUACUGAAGAAUUGUACAUGGACAGCAACAGAGAUGUAGUAAUGGAAAAGUACAUUUUGACUGUGUUAAUUCUGCCACAAAUCAAACUUUUUGUGAAAAGGCAUGCAGAAGACGGAAUAAGCUAUGUCACUUGUAAGGCUGGAUCAUGGCAGUGCACUGAUAAUCCAUGUCCAAAAUCCUGUCAAGUUUAUGGAGAUGGUCAUUAUAUCACCUUUGAUGGGAAAAGAUACAACUUUGAUGGCAACUGUGAAUAUAUUCUUGUUGAGGAUGAGUGCAAUAAUGACCAAGAGAGUACACUCCAAGUACUUACAGAAAGUGUUGCAUGUUGUGAAAAUGGUGUGACAUGCUCAAGAAAUGUCAAAAUUAUACUUGAGGGUCAAGAAUUAAUUCUAACUGAUAGCAGAGUGACAACAGUUGAGAAUUCCCGUAGUCAAACAAAUUGCACUAAUACCUUCUAUUCGCUUCAUACUGUUGGAUUGUAUUUAAUCCUUACAUUUCUCAAUGGGCUUACUGUGAUAUGGGACAAACACACAAGCCUUUCAAUCAUACUGGAUCCAUCAUGGAAAAACAAAGUAUGUGGCCUCUGCGGAAAUUUCAACGGCAAUGUUGCAGAUGAUUUAACAACGAAAUGGAACUCUUUAGUGACUAAUCCUAUUGAAUUUGGAAACAGCUGGAAAUCGACAAUAGCAUGCUCUGAUGUAAAAGAUCAAGCUUUUCCCUGUGAAAGAAAUCCGUAUUGUUUAUCAUGGGCUCAAAGGAAAUGCAGCAUGAUGAAAAAUACACUGUUUGAAGCAUGCCAUAAAAAGGUUGAUCCAAUGCCCUAUUAUGACGCUUGCGUCCAGGAAGCUUGUGCCUGCGACAUGGAGGGAAAAUAUCUUGGUUUCUGUACUGCUGUAGCAGUGUAUGCAGAAGCUUGCAAUAAAGCUGGUGUUUGCAUUCACUGGAGAAACCCUGAACUGUGUCCUGUAUUUUGUGACUAUUAUGAUGACCCUGGUGAAUGCAGUUGGCACUAUAAACCAUGUGGGAUAAUGACAUCAAAAACAUGCAGCGACCAUCAUAUCGGCAAAAAGUUCUCUGAAGUUCUUGAAGGUUGCUAUGCAAAUUGCCCAGAAAGUGCCCCUUAUCUGGAUGAAAAUACAAUGAAGUGUGUUAACCUACCUGAAUGCACAUGUUUUUAUAAUGGAAUUAUACUGCAACCAGGUGAAAUAACAAGAAAUGACUGUGAAGAAUGGUGCAGCUACAACAGUACAGACCAAGUUGACAACUGCCAGCCUUGCAACUGGUAUAGCUCCAACAGUGGAGACCAUGUUGACAACUAUGCCGACUUCCAGCCUUGCAACUGGAGGAAUAAGUACAACAAGGUUUAA